UAUAAGUACAAAUGAAUUAUUAAAAGAACUCUUUGACAUCGUGACAAACCAUCGAUCGCAUCCGAUUGGAGCGAACUUCUUCACACGCAUCAAUGAAGUCGACACAAUAACGCAAAAAUUAAAACAAAAGCACAAAAAAAAUUACUAAAUAAAAAAAAAAAAGAAAAAAAAAAAAGAAAUAGUACUACGCAGCUGUGCGCAAGCUUCAAUUUCUCCUUUGAAUACAAGCUGAAUCAGAAUCUCACCAGCUCAUCAAUCCACCAUCUGAUUCUUGUCAUUGAAGAAGGAACUGUCUCUAAUUGUUAUGAAUUUAUAUGAUCAGUAGAAAUGUCUGAAAAUCACUAUUCGGUGAAUUCUGGAGCUGUUGAUAAUGGAUCAAUUUACCCUCGGUCUUCCACUAAUCAGGAAGCGGAAUCUAUUAAGUUGUCUCAUGUUGAUAGCAAAGAAGAUAUGUUUAUGGAUGCUUCUGAUGAGAUGAAUAAUGAUAAUAAGGAGACUGGAAUGCCAGCUAGACGUCAAAACGAUGUUGUUUUAGGAGAAAAACCGAAUGCCGUCACUGGAAAGUUUGAUGAAAUGGAUAAUGGUGCAUACAAUAAUGAAGAUGAUGAUAACAAUCACUUUGCCAAUGAAAUGGAACGGCUGCGUGCUUUGCUGGAGCAGGCAGUUGACGAAAAGGAGAAACUCGAAAUCAGAUACAAGUGUGUGCAGGAAGAGAUGGAGGUGCUUGACAAGGAGAUUAAUAUGAAGGAUAAAGAGAUUGAAGGGCUGAAUGCGAAGGUUAUGAGAUCAGUAGCAGAAGCAGAGAAGGAGGUUUAUGUACAGAAGAACCAGCAAUGUGAGAUUGCACUGGAGAGAAUUUUGGCUGCUCUUGGGUUAGUUGUUGAUCAAGGAGAUUUGUUCGGUGAUUCUGGUGGUGAAAAGAUUGACCUUGUUGAGAAAAAAACGUCAGCAUUAAUUGAGAAGUAUAACCAGUUUCUUUUUGAAGUUAACCAACUUAGGCAGUGUUUGGCAAAGGCUGAGUGCCAUUUUGGUGUGCAGGAGUUUAGGACUGUAUUUGUUGCUGCCCGUGAUGAGUUAUUUGAGUUGAGGAGAAAGGAAGAAGAGCUGGUUGAAAAAAUAGGUCUUCUGGAGGAUGAAAAUAGUAAAUUGCUUGAACAAGUUGAAAGUGAGAAAGCGACAGUGGAGAUGCUAAAUUCCGAGCUUGGAAAAACAAAGACAGAGGUUGAGCAGGAAAAGGUGAGGUGUGCUAAUACUAAGGAAAAGCUAAGUAUGGCUGUGACGAAAGGUAAGGCAUUGGUUCAGCAGUGCGACACCUUGAAGCAGUCUCUGGUUGGUUAAAACAAGUGAGCUUGAG